GUCCGUGGGUAUAUAGGUAAGUAAAGUAUGUACUGACCUGCAUCUCAUCAAAUGUAUUCUACCAAUUCAAGCUCCGCCCCGGAAGCGUGGAUGACGACGAAGAUCCGUGCGAGACUGUCAAGGCAGUCCCACGCAGCAGUGGCGGAUCUGCCCAGUUUGACACGGUCAUCGCCCUCGUUGACGAUAAAGCCGAGGAUGCUGGUGUGGAAGGUACCCGAGUCGGGCGGGUGAAGGUCAUUUUUACCCUGCCACAGACAAUCGACGUCUUCGGUCCUCAUCCUGCACCUCACACGUGGCCGAAGGAGCCGCUGGCGUACAUCGAAUGGUAUACCGAGAUGCGCGCAAGGCCUGCAGCUCAUGGUUUCUUCCUCGUUGACAAGAUGCCACGCUUGCGAGACGGUUUUACACCUGGCACCAUUAAGUCCCUUGCAAAUAUCCGCCAGAUCUGUAUGCUUACUCCCUCUUAUGGUACCCGACUCGAUAUAUCUUCUCAGGCUUCGUGGACCUCGGACAAUGUUCUCGACGAGUGUGAUAGAUUUUUACUCAAUAAUUUUCAGUCCAUGUAUACAUACAAGACUCUGUGGUAAUGUUACCCGAAUAGAUCCUCCUCCACUCGCC